AUGGCAUGUCUAAUUCGUUUGGUCGCGUCAUGCAGUUGGUAUGGCGGCAAAAAAGGAACAAAUAUUAAACUGGUGACUCCUUGUGAACAAACAUCACAUGAUCAUGUUCAAGCAUUGAUUCGGAUUGUUGGCUAUACGCCAUUUCAUACUCGUACUGAUGUGAGUUGGUGCAAUGACGAGACGAUCCUUAUCGAUGCAACGUUGAGCUUGGUGAUGAAUAUAUUACAAACAGAAAGUGUCAGCUGUUUCGUUCGAUCAACUACACCAUUAACCCAUAUACUUCUUGCCUUAGCUGAAACAUCAUCCUAUGAUCGCAUCGUUGUAUUAGCUUAUGGAAUACUUGCACAAAUUCUUUCGGAUGACCAUUUAAAAGAACUGAAAAUUGCUGAUAAUAUAUGUCAGUUUUUCUUUCAUGCUCUUGAGCAAUGUUGGAACCAUCCGUGGCAAAUAUACAAGCAGAUACCGAUUAAUCAUCUUCUGGAAGGUAAAUAG